GUCUUAAUCCGCGCAGAUCUCCCCACAAAGAUUUCGUUUUAACGCCGCAACUGUUGAAUCGCGUCGCCUGUAGUUCGUACUCCAUAGCAAGAGCAACUACGGCGAUGAGAAGGCCGCACACCACCUUCACAACAAAGAAUAAUUCUCGCUCGCCGUCCGCGUGCAGGAGUGGAGAUGCAACGCAAUCAAAAAUAAAGGAAGUUUUUAAAAAAGCCAUCAGAAAGAAUAGCGUGAAUCUUCAGCGCAAACAAGCGGCCAACUUCACGCCGUCGGGACAGCCGCGGCGCGAGGAGGCGGUGAGCGCCCUGUGUUGGGGCGCGGGCGGCGAGACUCAGAUCCUGGUGGGCUGUGCGGAUGGGACAGUGAAGCACUUCAGCACCGAGGAGGGCAGGUUCCAGGGUCAGAGGCACUGCUCCGGAGGGGAGGGCAUAUUCCGAGGCCUCGCCCAAGUCGACGGCACCCUCAUCACAUGUGUGGAUUCUGGGAUUCUUCGAGUCUGGCAUGACAAUGACAAGGAGGCAUCCUCUGACCCUCUUUUGGAACUAAGGGUGGGCCCUGGGGUGUGUAGGAUGCGCCAAGACCCAGCGCGCCCCCACAUGGUUGCCACAGGUGGGAAGGAGAAUGCUCUGAAGGUGUGGGACCUGCAGGGCUCUGAGGAGCCUGUGUUCAGGGCCAAGAACGUACGGAAUGAUUGGCUCGACCUGCGGGUUCCCAUCUGGGACCAGGACAUACAGUUCCUCCCUGAGUCACAGAAGCUCGUCACCUGUACAGGGUACCACCAGGUCCGCGUCUAUGAUCCAGCCUCCCCCCAGCGCAGGCCGGUCCUCGAGGCCACCUACGGAGAGUACCCACUGACAGCCAUGACCCUCACUCCUGGGGGCAAUUCGGUGAUUGUGGGGAACACUCAUGGGCAGCUGGCAGAAAUUGACCUUCGGCAGGGGCGCCUACUGGUCUGUCUGAAGGGGCUGGCGGGCAGCGUCCGAGGGUUGCAGUGCCACCCUUCAAAGCCCCUUCUAGCCUCCUGUGGCUUGGACAGAGUCUUGAGGGUACACAGGAUCCGGAAUCCACGGGGCCUGGACCAUAAGGUUUACCUCAAAUCUCAACUGAACUGCCUCCUGCUGUCAGGCAGGGAUAACUGGGAGGAUGAACCCCACGAGCCUCAAGAGCCCAACAAGGUGCCCUCAGAAGACACAGAGACAGAUGAACUCUGGGCUUCCUUGGAGGCAGCUGCCAAGCGGAAACUCCCCGGUAUGGAGCAGUCCCAAGGCGCCCUCCAAACCAGACAGAGAAAGAAGAAGAGGCCUGGGUCCACCAGCUCCUGAAGAGCUUGUGCUCAUGUUGUAAAUAAACAGCUUAAUACGUA